AUGGUUUUCUCUUGCGAAUUACGUUCAAGCUUUGCGGACUUUGACCCCGUUCGUAGAUGUGUCAACUUCCUCGAUAGUGAGAAGCAGAGUAUAGUACACGCAUUGUUGACUGCUUCAGAGAGCGAUGGCGGCGCUGGGCUUAAUGAAUCGUGCCCCGUUGCUGCUAGAUACGUAGUGCAGAUGUAUCCUCUUCACAAACAAGACUUAGCGCUGCUAAAGACUCGCUGGGUGACGUUCUGGAAGGAUUCGUUGCUGUCAAGCAAGCACCAUCAUGACCAAAGUCUACAGUCAAAGUCAAGAUGUGUGGUCCUACGAAGUGUACUGCAACAACCUUUGGACGAUGUGGCGCAGUAUUUCGGUGAACGAGUUGCCUUUUACUUUGCGUGGAUGGAAAUGUACACUCGCUGGCUCGUGGUUCCAAGUGUGGCAGGCGUCAUUCUAUUCGGGUUGCAAGUUCACUCGCACCAUCUCGACCAUCCAGCAGCUCCAGUUUACGCUCUCUUCAUGGCACUGUGGACAUCAGCUUUCAUCAUUGCAUGGAGACGUCGUGCAGCAGCUUUAGCGUAUCAUUGGGGUACGUGGGGAUACGAAGACGAGGAAGUUACUCGGCCAGAGUUCUACGGUGAUCACAGUAAACCACAAGAUGACAAGGAUGGCGAGGAAGAGAAACCAGUUGAAAGACACUAUUCGUAUUGGAAGAGAUUGCUCAAGUACAGCGUGACGCUCCCGUGUGUGGCUGGGAGUAUAGUGGCAGUGGUGACACUUGCCUAUCUUGCCUUCUCCACCCGUGAUCGACUUGAAGCGGAGUCGCUGGAAACCAAACGUGAAGCUGCGGUGAUUGCCGAAAAGGUCAAAGCAACGGGUACAAUAACGUUGGAAGAGCUUCGAGCGUUGGCACAGCUCGGUGUGCGUUGGGAUUUCUGGAUCUACCUCCUUCUCACCCCCAUUCUCUAUGGACUACUGAUCCCUGUACUUGAUGCUGCUUUCACCCGUGCAGCGCGGUGUCUCAAUAGUUGGGAGAACCACCGCACCGAGUCCAGAUACCAGAGUCACCUCAUUCUUAAGGUCUUUUCUUUCCGCUUCGUACACGUCUUCGCUUCACUGUAUUAUUACGCGUUUGCCCCACACGCACAGACGUCAAAAGACGGAGAAACACAAGCUGCUAAGUCCGACGGGAUGGUACGUGUUGCUAUCCAACUGGCUUCGUUCAUGGUAACGGGACAGCUUUGGAAGAACGUCAUGGAGACACUGUACCCAUUCGUUCGUCGCCGUCUUGAUGCUCGCGCCAAGAAACGUGCAAGCAACGACCAAUUCAACCAGUCCACGGUAUUCAACGGCAUCAAUGCAGCUGCUGGUCCUCGAGGUCCCAAUCGUCAGGGAACGACGUCCGCCAAGCUAGCGACAGAGGCGAUGAUGAGCAGUAAUGCGGUUAUUCAUGAGCAAUGCGUUCGACUAGAGCAAGCCUCGGAUCGAGCGUGGGAAGAAGCUGGAUUGAAGCACUACGACACGUUCGAAGACUACACGGAGAUGCUGGUGCAGUUCGGUUAUGUGUCGUUCUUCUCGCUGGCAUUCCCAUUGGCUCCUCUACUUGCUCUACUCAAUAAUGUACUUGAGCUGCGCACUGAUGCGUUCAAAAUCUGCCACACAAGACAGCGUCCACUCGCUCGCAAGGCCAGCGGCAUUGGAGUCUGGUUACAUGUGUUGCAGAUCAUGAGUGUGUUGGCUGUGCUGACCAACUGCUUCCACUUGGCUUACUCUACUUCGUUAUUGGAAAGAGCAUUUCCUUCGGUCACAGCAACGCAGAAAGUGUGGAUUGUAUUUGGCAUUGAACAUUUGCUUUUGGUUAUCAAGGUUUGGCUGGCGUGUGUCGUGCCCUUCGUGCCCCGAGACGUUUCUGAGAGUCUACGAAGGGAACGCGAGCUUGCCAAACAUGAUAGCGCGCGAGCAAUGGCGGCUCGAAUGCUCGUGGAGGUUGGAGCGAGUGAUAGCGCCGACGUGAAGCAAGCAUCUAUUCGACAUAGGAAAGUGGCGAAUUGA